UAUGGUCGAGAGCAGCUCACGGGACUUGUGUGCACUGUGCCUGUGACAGAGAAAAAAUGGUAGUUACAGGAGACGAUCAUCAUCGUGACAACGCGGAAGUAGAUGUUACUGAAAAUAUGGAUAACAGUCAGCCCAACGGUGAAUUAGUCCCGAGGACCGAACAGAAUAACGAAGAGACAGACGCGAUCGCGGAGAGCAAUGCGGAACAGAGGCAAAAGGCGGCACAGCCGCAGCAGUCGCGCCUAGAGUCGUUCUUCGCUAUAACGAAAUCUCUGAUCAUACGAGCCCUUAUAAUUUAUUUUAUCAGUAGCUUCUUUAGACGCCCCGAUAACAGUAAUCCCAAGUCUCCCACCGGCGACGUGCGCCUACAAGCUGUAAAUAUAUUUUCGAACGGAACUCUGUUCGACCUUAGUGUUUACCUGUCGGAGUCUGAGAACUUCAGGGGGUUCGACGAUCCGGGAUCUCUGAUUUGGUUAGAGGAGGGCCUGGUUUACGGCGAUUGGUAUGGCGGGUCAAAUCGGGACGGCUGCCGGGUGCUCGAGCACACAUUUGUCCCAUCUGAGCGAUUAAAGCAGAACGGCUCGAUCUAUCUUCAUGUGUUUGUAACGAAAACUGGAAAAUCGCCGAACCCCAGGACCACCAAGAAGGGCGUCUACGCUGGCGACUACAUGUCCUACACGAGAAAAAUGUUGAACAAGUUUAAGAAGAUUAAAUAUCAGAAGAAGCACAACUUGCUAACGGGCGAGAGCACGUCCAGCAAGGAAGAGUUAGUGAAAGCCGAAUUAAUGGAUCAGGAAUACGUGUCGCACUGGCACCCAAAUUUGACUGUUAACUUGGUAUUCGAUGAAACCAACUGGGUGUACGGUCAGGUACCGCAGCCAUUGGAUGAAUAUAUACAUUUCUUACCUGGUGGAAAUUCUUACAAGCCGAUACUAUAUAUGAAUGAUUUUUGGAACAUGCAGCGGGACUAUCAGCCGUUAAAUAAUACCGUAGAGCAAUUGGAGCUUAGACUGACUUACCAGCCACUCUCGUUGUUCAAGUGGCAGAUCUAUAUGGCUCAGUCCGUUAGAAAUAAAUGGACAUCGUCGUUCAUGGGAGAAGCAUCCGACGACGAUGAUAAUGAUCAAGAUACCUUGAAGGAGACGUUACUUGAAACGAAUCCAUAUCUACUAGGAUUGACUAUUGUCAUAUCGAUCUUGCAUAGUGUAUUUGAAUUUUUAGCAUUUAAAAAUGACAUUCAAUUCUGGAAUAAUCGAAAAUCCUUGGAGGGUUUAUCGGUACGCUCCGUGUUCUUUAACGUAUUCCAGUCUGUCGUCGUUCUCCUUUACGUUCUCGACAACGAGACGAACACAGUCGUGCGUAUCAGCUGCGCGAUAGGCCUGUGCAUCGAAGUGUGGAAGAUCAACAAAGUUGUAGACAUUAAUGUCAAUAGAGAGGUGAAAGUACUCGGGAUCUUCCCUAAGAUAUCAUUCCAAGACAAGGGCUCGUACGUGGAGUCCUCGACGAAGGAGUACGACAGGCUUGCCUUCAAGUAUCUCUCGCGGGCGCUGUUUCCUCUGCUCGGCGGCUAUGCGAUUUACUCACUGAUGUACUUGGAGCACACGGGAUGGUAUUCCUGGAUUCUCAGUAUGCUGUAUGGUUUUUUGUUGACCUUUGGAUUCAUCAUGAUGACGCCACAGCUGUUCAUCAACUACAAACUGAAGAGUGUCGCGCAUCUCCCGUGGCGCAUGCUGUCAUACAAAUUCCUCAACACGUUCAUCGACGAUAUCUUUGCAUUUGUGAUAAAGAUGCCGACGCUGUACAGGCUCGGCUGCUUCCGUGACGACGUUGUUUUCUUCAUAUUUUUGUACCAAAGAUGGAUAUACAAGACCGAUCACACCCGAAUGAACGAGUUCGGCUUCUCUGGCGAGAUGGAGGCGCAGCUGGCGGAGAGCAAGAAGCAGGCGGUCACCAAGAAUCGCCCGGCGAAGGACGGGUCGGCGAAGAAAAAUGAAUAAUACUUGGUGCACCAUAGAUUUUAGCAUCAAGUAUGUUAUGUCUCAUGUUUCUCUGAAUUAAUUAAAAAAGGAAAAAAAGAAAUGUCCGAUAUACCAAAGGAAUAUGGAUUACACACAUCGACAUUUAUUUAUACAACUUCUGCAUAAUUAUGUGUGUGUGUAUACAUGUAUAUUCUAUUUCCGAAUCCACAUGCUAGCGAGCAUACUGCGACGCAUACGAAGAGAUAACGAUUAGAGAGCAAAUUCUUUUACCCGAAUUUAGAAAAUUCGCACAAAGACGUGCGGAGAGAUUAAAAUCACAAAAAACGUAAACAUGGUACGCAUAAGAUAUAGCCGAGAUAGGAUCUUCAUAGAUGUAUCUCGCAAUCCUCUGACAUCAAGCUAUAAACGUAAGUAGUAUGCUCAACAGUGUUAUCAUUUGUAAAUGUUUGCAAAAAAAAAAUAGAUUUACAAUGCGUUCGUGUCGAGAGCACGGAAGAAAACGCCGUUCUAUCGAUUUCGAUGUUUAGCCAAAUGUCGAGAAAGAGAGAGAGAGAGAGAGAGAAAAAAAAUUCAGUAAAUACCGACGAUGAUUCCAGAUGUUAGUACUCACAUUAUCAGGCGAGAUGUUGCUACGAAAUAAAAACUGAUUUAAUUAUCAUA